ACAGGACAUAGCUAUGGAACUGGAGGACGUAUCAUUUCAAUUCUUACAAGAAAUUACUGAUGGUUUCUCUGAGAAGCGGAUACUUGGUGAAGGAGCAUUUGGAGUUGUCUACAAGGGAGUAACUAAAAGCGGUGAUGAUGCUGCUGUGAAGAAACUAAAGCUUGGUUGUGAUGUCAACCUUGACUUGAAGCAGUUCCAAAAUGAGUUUUAUAACCUCACAAAACUUAAGCAUCAAAACGUUGUACAGAUUCUUGGCUAUUGCUAUGAAACAGAGAAAAAACUUUCUAUCUUACCUGAUGGAAGUAAGGUGUUUGUUGAUGAAUUACAUAUAGCUCUCUGCUUCGAGUAUUUGCACAAUGGGAGCCUCGAAAAGCAUCUUUCCGAUGAUUUUUAUGAACUUGACUGGCACGCGCGGUUCAAAAUAAUUAAGGGAAUUUGUGAGGGUCUAAAGUAUCUUCAUGAUGAGUUGGAAGAACCUAUCUACCACUUGGACCUAAAACCUGACAACAUAUUGCUAGAUAAGGACAUGGUUCCAAAGAUUGCAGAUUUUGGUUUGUCCAGAAUCUUUGGUAAUGAUGAAUUGGCACGAAUCACACGAAAUCCUUAUGGGACACUUGGGUACCAGCCACCAGAAUACAUUGACAAAGGUGAAAUCUCAGCUUGGCUUUCUGUUUAUUAG